GCGUACUUGUUGGCUACUAGCCGAGCAUGUCCAUGAAUGGACACAAAGUGGCACUGCCAAAGAAAUCGUUUUCGCCCCUCCCCCCGGAGCGGAAGAUCCGCCCGCAUAAUUCCCGCUGCCGGUAAAUAGCGGAUGACGUCAGAAGUCAGAUCUGUCAGCUGCUCACAACCCUCAAUGAAAUGUUCCGAGAAGGAAGGUGGAUAACUGCUAUUUAUAUAUGGCUGCCAGCCUCCACCCACCAUCACUCCCCCCUUCGCCAUCCGCGCCCGCCAACUCGCAAAAUCCAACAUCGAUCCUUCGCAGAGCAAGCGUGGCCGUCUCUGAUACCGAAUCGGAGCGAAGUCUGACAUUCGCUAUUGCUGCGCCACGGGCGGAGCAUUCGGGUCCACCAUUGCGUUUGGAAGUCUUUGAAGAUUCUGAGACGCCAUGGGAGGACAGCGCGGCAAUCUCUACCUCUGAGUUCCCCUUUGCGCGUCCAACACACUACCGUGGCCGACAACCCGGUCUGACAGACGAGGAGAGGCUUCCUCGGGACCAGGGUUGCUCACGUCAUCGGAGCCCCCCUCCAAGAGCUAGGGCAAACAGCGAGCGACCAAGACGCUUUAUCUGGCAGGACAAAGAUCAGUCAUCUGGGGGGCGUCGAGGUUCUGUCCCUUCUAUUCUUCCGACGGAUCACCGUGAACCAGGGCAGCUUCAGGGACGUUCCACCUCAUUACGUCUAUCCCCAAGUCAACGUGCUUUAGGGAAGGCCUUACAGAACUAUGCCUGCCCUCCAACAGUGGACGACACCCCUGUGACCGCUCGGUCAAUGUCCCCCCAGGUUGACGACUUGUGCACCCGUCUGGGUACGCUCGCCCGCGGUAGCCCUUUGGAAUUGCCGCGGACAGUCAAGCGCCCCAGCGGCGAAUGAUGCGGCAUAGACGACGAAACGGCCCAAGGCGAGAAGGUUGCUCGAUCAAAGACAGAACAGUACAUGUUAUUUCACAACUUUGGCUAUGCCGUAUGCCACCGCUGCAAUCGCCCCAACAGAAACUAUCCCCCCUGCCCCGAAGGCCGCGAU